AUGUACGAGUUGCGGAAGAGGGAGCCCAAGCCAGGACACGAACAGGAACAGGAUCAGGUACGCAAACGACGACAGCGGAAGCGGAUGCAGGAAUUCCUCCAUGUCCUUGUUAUUAAGCCGAAGAUGGAUCCACAUCCAGAUACUUUGAUCUCUCGUUCGGGUUCUAAUACUGGAGGUGCGAAUGCUUCGUCUCCAUCUGCGCCUACAUCCUCAGCAGACAACAACGACGACGACGAUAUGAGCGGAAGCCUUCAACCACAAGGGCACUCCUCGCAUUCAGCCUCAAUAAACUCUCCUCCUAUGGCUACAACUGACCUCUACAUGGCCACCAAAAUCCGCGACUUCCAGUACAGCCCCCAUCAUCCCCUCGCCAGGGCUACUCCGCCUAUCGUCGAGCCUCGGCGAACGACAGGCAGCAACCGGAAUACUGCUCGGGGGGGGACUUUUCAUGAACUCCAGCAGUAUCAGCUCGAGUUGAUGCGGAUGAGGGUUGAGUUUCGGCGGUUGGAAAGGGAUCUUGUUACUUUGUAUACGGUGUUGAAUCUUUUAAAUUGGGUGCGCCUUGUGUGGCUAGUGUGGAUUAUGUGGGAUAUUUGGGAUACCAAUGUAAUGAAUGUAACGGAGGAUUUUUAG